AAGGAAUGCAAGCUUAUUCCAAUGGUUUAAGUAGCCAAACUGACACAUCUAAAGAUACUUGGAUCGAGAAGCCAAAGAUCGACUGUCUCACUGCUGAAUGCUUACAGCUAUAUGAGAAAGCGCGUGCUAUCUCAGAUGAUAAACCUAUAGAGGUGAAGUUGGAUUCCAAGCAAUUCAACUACAAAAAGGAUGCAUCGAUAUGGGUGUCUAAAGUUGAUAUCAAAGAGUUCCUUUGCAAAGAGAAGUUGAAUGUUUCCUUGAUUCAAGUCUUCAUGAGAUUACUCCAAAAUGAUCAUUGUGGACGCAAUUGCAUACCAGAGCAAUUUGGGUGGUUAUGUCCAAGUACGAUCAGAGCUGACAUACGUUUGACUAACGGAGUUGAGGUGGAGGAGUCUAUUCAUCAAAGUGUCGACAAAUCUAUUUCUACAAAAAAGAAUUUCAUACUUGCCCCUUGUGUUGAAGGUGGCCAUUGGUCGCUCCUUGUGAUUUGUCCUAAAAACAACACAGUAUAUCAGUUUGAUUCUUUAGCUCAAGAUCCACCACGACCCUUACAACUCAAAUCAUACAUAAAUAGUUCGUUGAAGAAAGUAAUGGGAACGAGUCCUCAGUGGAAAGCAAUGAAGUGUGCGCAACAACCACGGGGAACGAUUUGUGUGGCUACUACGUGUUGAAGUUCAUGCUUGAUGUAACCUCAAAUUGCAAAGAAGUCAGGGAUCUUGAGAAGAUAUUCCUUGAAUCAAGGGAGGGAUCUUUCACCACUACCGAAAUCAACGAGGUCCGAGAUUUGUUAGCAUGCUACCUUACCAACGAUUGUAUGCGAAGGUGAUGCAGCGGCUUUGCAUUUAUUUAGAGGCGCUCUAAACUUGUCAAGAAGCACAAUUCAGCCGAUGGGUUUCCUGAGAUUGACGGAGAUGGAAGCAAAAGAAAUUCAAUUUGAUGAGGAUUUGAAGGCACAUUGGAUGAAGCAAUCACCUUGGUAUUGGAUGUGAUGGGAUUCAAUUUUUUUGCAAUUAAGCAAGAGUUUCUUUCUUCUAUAACUUGGCUUCAUGAGAGGGCUUAUUGCUUUCUUAGCUGAAUAAGGCCAUGGUUUUACCAUACUCAUAAAGUGUGGGUUUUACAUGGUCCAAUUUGUAAUUGGGGAUUGAGUUUGAGUCCAACAAUCUCUAAUCCUUGUCUACUUUCUUGUGGUUGAAUUUCAUAAGAUGUGAAGUCCAUUUGCUAUUGUUUCAA